AUGGCGGGCGCUGAUCAAAAGUCCUUCCUGGGGACGCUCUCCCCAUGGAGUACCCCCAGGAGCUCCACUCCCCAGCCCUCCGAUCGCACACCGGCAAACCCAGACGUCUUGCAACGGUCGCAGGGAGAGGACCAUACGGUGACCCACCGACAUAAGUUGAGUCUGCGACAUUACCCACCGGACUGCCCGCCUUUGAAAGCGAGAUGGUUCUAUGCUGUGGACUCGCCGAAGCGAAAACCUGCGCUGCUAGACCAGAAUAAAACCGAUCAGAAACCGCCUCCUCCCCCCAAGAAGUUCAUUCCCUUCUCACCCCGCGACUCGCAGUCAAUUGAAGCCACUUUUCAAAAAUUGUCCGAGAUUGAAGACUCUCAGGGGGACGAAAAGUCCCGACGAGCUGCGUUACAACAACUGUCGACGAAAGUACCGGUGAAUGAGGAUUAUUUGUUCGAUGUGGAUGUGGAAGCCCGAGAGCUCGGCCCUGCCUAUUGGAUUGGUCCCGUAUACGAAGUUCGGCGAGGAACGUGGUUCUUCCAGGAAGGAUCUUUCUUUAAACCGUGUGAGGAGAAUCUGGCUGCACAGCUUGAGGAGGGUUAUGUGAAACUACGGCCAUGGAAAAUCGACCCGAAGGAAGGAGGAGAAGGUAGAUCGCCCGAUACCCCUUCAAGGGAGGGUCACAGUCCAGCAAAGGUGGGCACGGGCGCCGAGUCCAGUACGCAGGGCACGUCUCGACCUACAAAACCUCGCGAUAGGUCUCAGAAUAUAGGCAACGCUUCAACUGCAACUCCUUCAGGUACCCCACAGUAUCGCCUGUUUGGAGCCUACAUGAACAAUAUUGUCACAUAUCAGGAUGAGUCGACAGCUUUACUCACCACCGACGACUUCAUGUCGCGCAUGAGCACCACCGUGUAUCAGACACUCGGUCGUACCUCAGGUAACAAAGUAGUACGUGGAUAUGGGGAGGCCCGACGACCGAGGGAACCACUCGAACCUCGGGUCUCGGAGCGCAAUCAGGGCGAGAAGGUGCCAGGGACGCCUCGUCAUGAGUCAAGUCGCGCUUCCAAUACUGCGCCAAAUUCGAGACCCAAUUCAGCGGACAUGUCAGGAACCGAAGUCGAAGUUGAAGCCGAAGCUAACGCGAGGCGCCCCAUCUCGACUCUAGAACGGCAGAUGUCCUCUCUCGCGGGCGAGCCCCAGAAUCCAGCAGAACUCGAAGAACAAGCCCGUAGGCAGGAAGAACAAGAGAUGGAGGACUCUAGGGAAGUUGACAGUGAAGAUCAAGACCGAGAUGUCGAUCAUUUGGUGCUGGUCACCCAUGGCAUCGGCCAGCGGCUCGGCUUACGCCUGGAGAGUAUCAAUUUCAUACACGACGUCAAUGUGCUUCGCAAGACAUUCAAGGGGGUCUACAAAGCCUCGCCGGAUCUUCAAGCUUUGAACUCCUCGUUUCCGGACAAUAAAAGUAACUGUCGUGUUCAGGUGCUUCCUGUAUGCUGGCGUCAUCUCCUUGAUUUCCCAUAUCGUGGAGUUCGACAAAAUCGAAAGGAACUCGAUCUGACGGAAGCCGAUACCCUCGAGGACGAUGCGUACCCCAGUCUAGCUGAUAUCACAUUGGAAAGCGUCCCUGCAGUUCGAAAUCUUAUCUCGGACUUAGCAAUGGACGUUCUCCUCUACCAAAGUGGAUAUUGCGACCAUAUCGCCAACAUCGUUAAGCAAGAGUGCAAUCGAAUUCUGGAGCUAUACAAGCAGCGCAAUCCAUCUUUCAAGGGAACUGUGAGCCUCUGCGGCCACUCGCUCGGAAGCGCCAUUCUAUUUGAUAUCCUAUGCAACCAACCAUCUGAUGUUGAUACCGCCAAGGGCGGCAGAGCGACGACUCGAGGCAGCGAUGAUAUGGCCGAUCAACGAGGAGGAAUGCAGAAUACGCUUAACUUUGAUUGCGAGGAAUUCUUCUGCCUGGGAUCCCCCAUUGCACUUUUCCAGAUGCUGAAAGGAAAGAGUAUCGCUGGAUAUUCUCGAGUCAAAGCUCGUAAGAGUGCCUUGGAUAUUGGUGACUUUGAAUCUCAGCGGCUAGGCUCCAUGCGAUCCUCUCAACGAGAUUCCCAUGGCAGCAGUCGGGAUUUGACCGAAAGCUCGGCCAUCAUCUCCGCGCCCAAGUGCCGGGACCUUUACAACAUAUUCCACCCCUCGGACCCCGUGAGUUAUCGCAUUGAGCCUCUUAUCUCGCAGGCGAUGGCAAGUCUCAAGCCUCAGCCCCUGCCCUUUGUCAAGAAAAGCCUGUGGACUACCUCUGGACAGAGUCUCUCCAUCCUGGGGAGCCGCAUGGGCCAGAGUGUCGGCUCUCUUUGGAGUAACUUCACCUCUGGCGUUGCGAGCAGCCUGUUGAAUCGCAGCUUGGGGCUGAAUGCUGAAGACGUCUCUGCUUCUCGGAGUACAGCUAGUGGCAAACCAACGGACGAUCUCGCUGAACAUAGGCGAACCCAGUCGGGAACCAGCCUCCAUACGCCUUCACAUGAUUCUGAUGACCAUGGUGAAACCCUUAUUGACCAUGAUCUCGAAACCCUGUACGAUGGGUUCCAGAAGAGCCGGAGCACCCAUAAAAAGGACCCGGCACGAUCUUCUGGCGAAGCCGAAUCUGGUCUCGACUCGGAAGAGCAGGGGCGCAAGUUGAAAUUCGAAGAUGCCAAGGUGCGAUCGCUGAAUUCCAAUGGCCGUGUGGAUUACAGCAUUCAAGAGGGUGCAUUUGAUAUUUCCUUGAUUGCCAGUAUUGCCAGUCACCUCACGUACUGGGGAGAUGAGGAUGUGAAUCACUUUAUGCUCUCCCAAAUGCUGUCGCGGAAGUCGCGACAUCGGCUCAAGGGAGGUAGCGCGGCAGAGAAGCAAUAG